AUGUUUCAGCGCCUCAAAGGCGCCAUAGACAGUCGCAUAGCGGAAGAACAAGCACGACAACGACAGGCUGCAUUAAGUGCCCAACAAGCCCCAAGGACCCCAGCCAGACGCCGCCCACAAACACAGGAUGGAGGCAGCCAAAGGACUGCGUCUCGGCGGAGAGACCAACAAGCCAGCGGCUCGACCGAGAAGGGACCAGACCCAUCCGAGUUCGAACCGGAAUUCGCUAUUGGGACGGACGAGAGUGCAGUACCGAGUCGGGUAGCUACUCCGCAACCAGAGGCUUUGGACAAAGAGAAAGACCAGGAGAAGGAGAAAGAACUACCGGCACCCGAAGAUGGGCAGCUCACGCCUAACGUCACGGAGGCCGCUGACAGCAAAGUGUCAGAGACAAAUGGCACGACCAACCCUACCGCAGGCCAUCUACGACCGCAAGACCUCCCUACUGACGUCCGUGUGCGACUGCGCAAGCUGGACCGCAUGGAGUCGAAAUAUGCAGACCUCCUCAAAGCAUACCGAGUGGCCCAUGCACGAGUCCAAGCUGUUGAAUCCUUCGAGGCCUCCCUACGCGAGAAUACGCCCCUGACGAGUAUCAAUGACCCCAAUGCUCUGGUAGAGUAUCUGAACCAGAUCAACUUGAAGACCGACAUGGUUGUGGAUGAGUUAAAGCGCGUUACGGCUGACAGGGACGACUACAAGAAGAAAUUCCAGGCCUCCGAGGAGGAGGCGAAGAGGCUAGUGGAAGAAGUGGCCGAACAGAAAAAGAAGCUAGAGGCGAUGAACCAUCAGAGGCUAUCUGAAAAUGAGAAAGGUACGACAGUGGGUAGCUCGCCGGCCUCGGCGGCAGGGGAUGACCCGACGGUGAAGGAAGUGAAGGAGGCCGCAGAGUCCGAACAAGUAAAGUCACCUUCAAGCACGACUUCCCGCAUCGCAAGUUUCUCUCUCUUCUCCCCUCGUCAGAAACCAUUGUCCUCGCCACCACCGAAGGACACAACAGAGGAAUUCUUCUCGUACGAAACUGAGCAGUCGAAAAUGGAGACCGAGUUGCAAGAGCGUCAAGCUGAAGUGGAAGAUCUGAAAAAACAAGUCACCAAUCUGAAGGGAGAUCUCCAGGUCGCUCGUGAAUCGACCGAAAGCAUGGUCGAGAGCUUAGAGACCGCUACCCGCGAACUCCAUUCCCUUCGAGAUGCGAAGGACAAGUUUGACGAGAGCAAGACUGACUUACAGAAGCGAAUUGAUGAACUCGAGACUUUGGCCGCCUCAAAUACUUCGCGUACGGGCGAGGUGGAGAAAGAGCUUGAAAGCUUGAAGUCGGAAAAGGAUGAAGCAGUUUCGCAACUGCUAAGCCUUGAAAGCCGCAUCAAAGAGCUCGACGCGCAUAAUACCGAGCUCAAACAGCAGAUUGAGACGAUGGAGAGAGAUACAAAGAUACUGAGCGAGAAGCUGGCACAGAAGGAUUCUAUCGUCAAAGACCUUGAGAAUACGUUAGCCAUGUACAAGUCAGCGGAACGGCAGGAAGCAGCCAAGGAGCAAGACGGUCAGUCCAGUGAGAAGAAACUCGCCACCAUGCAGGGAAUCAUGAAUACCCUGCGUGGUCAACUCGACAAAGCCGAGAGGACAGUCUCCGAACUGAAGACCGAGAUCAAGUUCAACCAGGAGGAGUACUUGAGCCGACCUUCCACUAAAGUCCUUGGAUUUUUAGACGAGAACACGAGAUCGAAGCUUGAUACCCUGGAAUCGCGUGAAGAGGUCGUCAAGUAUCUCUCAGACAACUUCGGCUUGCAAAGAACGUCUUCAUUAGCCGCACUCCCGCCACAAGCGGCAACGCCCUCCCAAGCACCGUCGGAAGCCGGCACUGGAGGCUCGAAAAAGAAGAACAAGAAAAAGAGGAAGGGCAAGGGACCGCAACAGGCUGCCGAGGACGCGAUGGGAGCUGAUGCACCAGUCAAAGUAUCCGAGAAUCUCGCCGAAGUAGAAGACGCAGAGCCCGCUGUAAACGACAAAUCCUCCAGCGAUCAAAUCUACCAGCUUGAAGAAGAGAUCUCCGAGCUGAGAGCAGAGCUGCAAACCAAGGCUGAGGGUGUCGAGCGACUCUCUCAAAGACUGAAAGACCAGGAGGAGCUGAAAGAAGAAAUCGAGACUUUGCGCGACGAUCUUUUGCACCAAGGCGAAGAGCAUGUCAAAGCCCGAGACGCAUUGAAAGAGGCACAAACACAAAAGAACGCUUUGCAAGACUCUGUGGAUAGGCUUGAAAAAGAGCUAACUGAGACACGCGCGGCAGUUGCCAGUGCUGCUGACCGGGAGAAAGCGAACAAGGAGAUCGUUGGGCAAUACGACGAGCUCAAGAUCAAAUGCUCAACGCUCGAGAAAGAUCUUGCAGCAUCCGAGCAGCUCGCAGCAGGCAGAUUCAAAGAUAUCACCGACCUCAAGGAAUUACUCGCCAAAGCCCAACCCGAAUUGCGUAAUCUUCGGAAUGAAGUCGUCGAACUCAAGACCACCAAAGACGACUUGAAGAACAAGAUCGGCGAGCUCAAUCGUCUGGAAGCCCGCUACGAGGAUAUCAAAGCCGAGCUUAAAGGCCUCAGCAAGCGUCUCGGCGACAAGGACCAGGAAAUCAAAGAACUAAAUCAAAAGAUUGAGCAAGAAACCACCACGCGAACCAAGUUAGAAAAGGACCUCGAAAAAGCACAACUCGACCUGCAGACCUCCGAAACACGCCGUCAGGAGGCGGCCACAUAUUCCUCCCAACUUGAAAAAGACCUCGCACGCGCAAAAGAAGAAUCGACAACGCUCCGCGCCAAGCUCCGGGAUUUGGACGCCCAGCUGUCCAACAAUCAUCGCGACUUAACCUCCCUGCGAGAAGAGCUAAGUCUCAAAACAGCCCUGCAUACCUCCUCCCAGGCGCUUGUCUCGUCCCUGCGCGACCAGACCCACGAACUGAACUUGCAAGCCCGUGAAGCAUCCAGUCGUGCCGAUAACCUUGAAGAGGAACUCGCCGAAGCGCAACGCAUGUUAAGCGAGAGAACGAGGGAAGGCCAGACGAUGCGGAUGCUCUUGGAUCAGUCCUCAAGUGGCACCGAGGUGAGGAUUAGAGAAAUGAAAGAACGAAUGAAGAAGGCGAUUGAAGAACGGGACCGAGUCGAGGAUGAAGCGAACGUUGCGCAGAGAAGGAUGAUGAGGGAGGUAGAAGAGGCAAGAGGAAAAGCGAGGGAUGCACAACGGGCCAUGAAACUGGUGGAAGAUGAAAAGGAAGGACUCGAGAACCGGCUUAAGGAGUGGAAGAGACGGAGGGAUGAGCUUGAAGAGGUCUCCACGCGUGCCUCGAAAGAAGUCGAGGAAGUUAAAGCCGCGAUGACGGGUCUUCGGGAGGCCCUGGAUGAGAGUGAACGCCAAGUGAGGGAGCUUGACGCCCAAAAGGCAGAGUUACGGCGCAUAAGCGAUGAGGCGAAGGAGCGGGUUGAAAAGCUGACCAAGGCGAACAAGAACCUCACGGAAGAGCUGAAGAACGCGCAGGCAAUAUUACCUGGACGGCCUGGUCUAGGUAAAGUCGACUCGAAUGCGCCAAGUUCACGGACAUCAAUCGAUUCUACGCAUGUAAACGCGCGGUCUCCAGCUCCGAAAGAAAGAGGCCUACCCACCACGACCAGUCGUAGCGAGACACCUACAACUGCUGCAGGACAAACCGCGGGACUCAGUCAAGGUACCGUUGACUAUGUGUACCUGAAGAACGUGCUCCUGCAAUUUUUGGAGCAGAAGGAUAAAGGCCACCAGCGGCAGUUGAUCCCCGUGCUGGGGAUGUUGUUGCACUUUGACCGGUGA